CCGUCUAAAUUAUUUGCGUACUUCCGGUUUACACUAUCGAAUAAGAUUAGUUUCGAAUUAACUUCUUCAAUGAACCCAAUAUUUGGUCUGGUGCCCAGCUUCUAUUGUAAACAAAUAGAAGUCUGGCAUGAGCGGAAUAAUGGCCGACGCGAUGAUAAUAGUUGAAAAAUCGAGACAGAUGUACUUAGAAAAUUUAUCAAAAGAAUUAGAUCCAAAAAAGCCUAACAAAUUUUGGUCUCUUAUAAACAAAACCAGAAAUAAUUACAAUAAACCAGUGAUUCAACCAAUACUAAGAAAUGAUAAUUCUUUGGCAGUAGAUGAUGAAGAUAUCUACAAAGAGAUGAAAAUUCUCUAUGGUCAAGAAAAGUUGGCAGUUAAAGAUCAUUUACCAGAAUGGUAUGAAAAAGUGAAACAAGAUGUCAUACAAAUAGAAGAAACAGAAAGGCAAAAAUUAACACAAACACCAACAGAAGUUGAGGAAAGUGAUAUAACAAUAAAAGAAGUAGAAGAGGUAAUCAAGGGUAUGAAUAAACUAAGUGCUCCAAGUCCAGAAGAACAAAUUUUGGGUACAAUGAUAACUAAGGGAGGAGAACAGAUGUGCUUGGGACUUCCGUUUCUAUUUCAGAGAUGUUGGGAACAAGGUAAACUGCCAGACGGUUUUAAAUUAGACCCCAAAGUUAUGCUGCCCAAACCAAACAAGGACAACUACAAUGAAGCCAAAUCAUAUAGACCUAUUACCUUAGGUAGUGUGGUUGGAAAGCUCAUGGAAAAAAUCAUCAAACUAAGGCUUACAUGGAAGCUAGAAUCUGAAAAUGUGUUUUCUAAUACUCAAUAUGCAUACAGAAAAAAUAGGUAAUGUACACAGGCAGUUCUUAAAAUGGUGAACAACAUACAAGAAAACUUGGGAAAAUCUGAAAAUACCGUAUUAGUGACAAUGGAUUUUGAGUCAUGCUUUGAAAGAGUUUGGAGGGAGGGUCUGUUGAAAAAAGCUGAAGAAAACAACAUAAGAGGAAGACUGUGGAUUUAUUUAAAAGAGUUCAUGUCAGAUAGAAAAUAUUACUUAAAGAUCAAUGAUUUUAAAUCACCAGUAAUGACAUCAAAAAUAGGCAUCCCACAAGGGUCAGUUCUUAGUCCCACUCUCUGCAACCUGUAUACAAGCGACUGUAUGACAAAUGUGCUGUGCCAGCACAUAGAAUUUGCAGACGAUGCUUGUCUCUACAACAGCGAUACAGACAUCAACAAGGCCAUACAAUCUACAAAUACAGAGUUGGAAAAAAUUAACCAAUGGUGCACAAAAUGGAAUAUGAGCAUAGCCCCAGAAAAAACAACAGUUUUAUUGGUAGGAAAGGAGCUUCAAUCCAUGGACAAACCUAAGUUCAACUCGAAUGAACUAAAAAUAGUAAAAAACAAAAGAAUUCUAGGAAUUACAUUGGAUAGUUUACUAAACUUUGAAACCCAUAUUGAAGAAAAAACUACUAAAGGAUUUAAUGCCUUACACAGUCUGGAUAAAUUUGUAGACUUCAACCAUGGAUGUUGUCAAUCAACCUACAUGAAGCUGUAUAAAUCCUUAGUUCUUCCAAUUAUGGAUUAUGGUGCUUCAGUUUUAGCCACAGCUACAGACAAAGCAACACAACAAUUUGGUACAGUACAAAGAAGUGCAAUGCUUAAAGCCAGUGGAUGUAUAAGUAGUACCAGCACAGAAACAAUGGAGAUACUUACUAAUACCAUUCCAAUAAAUAUACAUUUAAAGUUAAGACAGGCAGAAGAGAUGGUCAGAAUUGCAGCAAAAAGAGAAGAAAAUGACACUCUGAAACAAGAUUUUAAUAGAUGGCUUGCAAAUCCAGAACAACACUGUAACAAACCUACCCUUUAUUCCAUACUAAUGAGUAGAUUCAUAGAACACAAAGUAAAUGUGCAAUUCGAAUGUAUUGAAAAAGAGUUUGAAUACAAAAAAGAAUACAUGGGACUUUCAAGAACAAAUCAAAAAGUGUACACUGAGAACUUCAAACUAAACAAAGAUCAUCAAAUGGAAAAUGUAAAUGAAAUCUUGAAUAGGUGCUCAAAUAAUCAAAUCAUAAUAUUCACGGAUGGAUCUACAAUUGGAAAUCCAGGACCGACAGGAGCCGGGGCAGUUAUAUAUUUAAAUGGGUAUAUGUGUAGCCCAAUACUUUUAAAGCAAGGUGUUGCAAAAAUAUCAAACAACUACACGGGGGAAUUAGUGGGAAUUGAAAUAGGAUUAAACUUUGUGGAUGAUUCACAGGACAUUACAAACAGGAAAAUAAUUAUCUUCACAGAUUGCCAGGCAGCAAUAACAACGGCUUUUGCAUGUGAAAUUCCAACAAGAAACAUUGAAAUUAUACUAAAUAUCAAACUAAAACUAAAAAACAUUGAAGCACGAGGUAAUACUGUUGAAGUACACUGGAUACCAGGCCAUAAAAAUAUUCAAGGCAAUGAAUUAGCAGAUCAAAAAGCUAAACUAGCAGCAACAGAAAUUAUGACUUCAAAAACAGACAAUCGGUGUUAUGAAAAGAAAGAUGCAAAAGAAGUAAUAAAUUUAAUGAAAAUAAAAUCAAUACAAAAAUGGGAAGUUCAAUAUCUGAAUUCAGAAAAAACAACAAAAAUCCAAGAGUGCAUCCCAAAGCCGGGUUCCAGAGCUUGCGUUGGAGAAAAAAAUAGAAAAAUAUUCAAUGUAGUGAACCAAUUACUAAGUGGACAUACUCGCUUAAAGGCUCACUGGUCCAAGAUUACAAACAGCGAAGAUGUGGAGUGUGAAGCAUGUAGAACACCAGAAACUAUAAAACACUUCAUAUUUGACUGUUCAAAAUACUCACAAGAAAGAUCAAGUCUUCAAUACAGAACUGAAGAAAUAUUACAUAGAAAUAAUAUAUCAUGUUCUGAUAUUACACUGGCAACUUUAGUUGGAGAGAGACCGGACAUUACUUUACAUGCAAAAGAAGAACUGUUCAAUUCAUUUGGCAAAUUCAUCAUGGAAACAAACAGACUUUAGAUGUAAAUGACAUAAAAUGUAAAAAAGUAUCAAGUGAAAAUGCAACAAGAGAAAUUUUUGUACAUAGAUGAAAACGACUUCAACAGUCGUCAAAGCACAACGAGACCAUAGGCGACAACGACGCCAUAAUUAGAUUCAACAACAACAACAUAAUAAUGGAUCAUACUUAUAUAAAAGGGGAGAGAGUGUCUGGGUUUCAAGUGAUUGGGAGUAGGUCUGGCCCAGAUCACAUAUACAGUUCCUGUGCCCCCAAAGACUCAAGUAACGAGGAAGCAAGAGGGCAGUGUCAACUCCCACAGGACAAACACCUACACAUGAACAUAAAAGGAUUGAACUGGAUGAAAAAACCAGACACAACAAAUGGUCCCUCGAUGAGACAUCCUUUCUGAGAGAAUACAGUCAGACAUUACGAAAAGAUGGCGAGUCAGAAAACAGUUUCUGGAACAACUGCGCAAUUGCAAUGAACAACAUGUUUGGUGGAAAAAACAGAACAGACAACGAAUGUGUGUGCUGAAACAGUAAAUACGGCCGCACUAAGACGUUUAAGGACCUACUCUGAGCUAAAAGAGUCUGAGAUACAGGAGAUCAUACAAAUAAUAAGUUCCAGCUCUCCAAGAGAAGUAGCAGGGUAUAUAUUGUCUUCUCCAUUGAGAGGAAGUAUCAUUGUUGAACUUUUAAAUGAAAUGGAAUAUGCAGCAAAAGAAUGCUGCAACAAGGACAGUGUUUUGGCCCAAAAGGAUUUCUGUGACCUGGCUGAAUUUAAAUGGCAUGAACUCAUUGAUGAAUUAUUAGAGCAACAGCCACUGCUAGCUGAUGUUCUCUUGGCUGUGUCUCUACCAACUUCUAAGAUAGGGAAUACAAAAUCUGUUCAGAGCCUUAUACCGGUCAUAUCUACUGUGUUUGGAAUGUUGAUGAAAACACAAUACCAGGAGUUGUCGUUAGUUCAAAAGAUGAUCGCAAUGACUUUAGCUAAUGAACAAACAAGCCAAAAAGUACAAUUUGUUUCAACUGUGUUUGGUGUUUUUUUUUCAAAUGUUAUGUUAAAGCCCAAUAGCACAACAUAUGAGUUUAACACCUUGUGUAUAGAAUGCAAUAUUGUUAAGUGUGCAAUUUAUAUUAAAUCAUUGUAUGAGUAACUCAGGAGAAAAUUUCAUUAAAGAGUUGCCAAACUCGGCUGUGAAUGAAUGUUUGUUUCAUAAAAUAUUCAAUGUAUGCAUUUUGAAUAUAUCUUUAUAUGUUUUAAAUGUUUCACAAUAUCUAAAUACACAUACAGAUAAAAACAUACCAGUUAUUUCAACAAAAUCUUUCUUAACUAGAACUUUGCAAUAUAUAGUUUCUUGCAAUUUGAUAAAAAACCAGUAAUAAAUCGUGUUAUAUUUUCUUAACCUCAAGUUUGUGAAAUUGGGCAUUUGAAUGUUUAUGUUCCUGUUACUGUUCAUGACAAAUGUUUUGUUUGGAAAUUUAAUAAAUCUUUUGGAACAUUUAUUUAAUAGCGCUGUCCCAGGCACUUAGGGUCCUUGAUGUUUUAGCUCAACUGAGCUCAGAUGAGCUCAUAGGAUCGAUGAAUGUCUGUCGUCUGUCCUUCUUCUCUUAACUCCCAUUUGAUGUUUUGUUCUGCUUAUAUAUCCAGAAACUUUGUCAGGAUUUUUGUUUGGAGAAGUUGUAGGUCAAGUUCAAAGACGGGUCAACAGGGGUAAAAAACUAGGUCACUAUGCCAUUGACAAAUAUUGGCUACCUCUACUUAGGUGAACGAUAUAGGGCCAUUGUGGCCCUCUUGUUUUAAUUCUACCCUUAACACAAUCAGGAAUAAGUUUGCAAAUCUGCAAAUCUUGCAAAUUUGUUAUUCUUAUGUCUUGUCCAUUUGAAUUGUUUUUGUAGUUCUAUAUGUAAUUAGAACUUCAAUUUCAUUAAUAUACCUUAGGUUAACAUGUGUUAAAUUUGAUGUCAAAAGUGAUUUCCCAGCAGGAUUCUCAGGGUUUGUAAUUCUUCACUAAUAAAUCAUUUUAAGCCUUAUAUAGAAGCCAAAAAAAUGUUUCUGUCGAUUUCAUGAGUCAGUCAGGUAUCUCCAAACAAUAGAAAUUUUAAAGUCAACAUUAUAAAAGAUAAAUUGCUCUUCUACACAGCAGAUGUCAUAAAUAAGAAAUAAACAAGAUGUGUUUGUGAAACACAAUGUCCCCCUAUAUGAUGUUUGACCUUGUAGGAUGACUUUGACCUUGUGAAGGAUGACCUUGACAUGGACCUUUCACCACUCAAAAUGUGCAGCUCCAUGAGAUACACAUGCAUGCCAAAUAUCAAGUUGCUAUCUUCAAUAUUGCAAAAGUAUUCAUAAAAUAAGCGAUUUGGGCCACAUAUAUUUGACCUCUGACCUUGAAGGAUGACCUUGACCUUUCACCACUUAAAAUGUGCAGCUCCAUGAGAUGCACAUGCAUGCCAAAUAUCAAGUUGCUAUCUUCAAUAUUGCAAAAGUUUUUAUUAAAUAAGCGAUUUGGGCCACAUAUAUUUGACCUCUGACCUUGAAGGAUGACCUUAACCUUUCACCACUCAAAAUGUGCAGCUCCAUGAGAUACACAUGCAUGCCAAAUAUCAAGUUGCUAUCUUCAAUAUUCCAAAAGUAUUCAUAAAAUGAGCAAUUUUGGCCACAUAUAUUUGACCUUGAAGGAUGACCUUGACCUUGACCUUUCACCACUCAAAAUGUGCAGCUUCACGAGAUACACAUGCAUGCUAAAUAUGAAGUUGCUAUCUUCAAUAUAGCAAAAGUUAUUGCAAAAUGUUAAAGUUGGCGCAAACAGACCAACAGACAGACCAACAGACAGACAGGGCAAAAACAAUAUGUCCCCCACUACUAUAGUGGGGGACAUAAAAAAAUGUACCUUGUGAAUGUUAGUUUGUUGUUUUUUGUUUAUACUUUGGUUAUGUUUAUUUGUUAUUUAUCCUUAAAGUAUCAUAGAGCUUCAAAAACCAAACACACUGAAUUAGUUAAAGCUGAAAGUUGUUGCUUCAAUCUUGUUUUAAUAAUAUGAUUAUAGGUGCUACCUAAUUUACGGGCAAAAGCUUUUUAAGUUUUUUUGAUAACUAUGUAUUUUUAAUAAAUAUAUUGACAUGAUUGUGUUUAAAAUAUUAUAAUUGUUGCAAUAAUUAAG